GCCGCCCCCGCCCGCCGGCGCCGCUCGCACAUGCCCGCGCCGCAGCCCUGAGAGCAGACAGCGCCGACCCCCUGCCCCCCGGCCCCGGGCCCCGGCUGCGGCGCCGUCCCUCCUCCCCGGCCGGGCGCCGCGGCCCCGGCAUGAGGAGCGGGCGAUGAUCCCCGCCAACGCCUCCGCCAGGAAGGGGCCCGAGGGCAAGUACCCGCUGCACUACCUCGUGUGGCACAACCGCCACCGCGAGCUGGAGAAGGAGGUCCGCGAGGGCCAGGUGGACAUCGAACAGCUGGACCCCCGUGGUCGGACCCCCCUGCACCUCGCCACCACACUGGGACACCUGGAGUGUGCCCGGGUGCUCCUGGCACACGGCGCAGACGUGGGCAGGGAGAAUCGCAGUGGCUGGACAGUGCUCCAGGAAGCCGUGAGCACCCGGGACCUGGAGCUGGUGCAGCUGGUGCUGCGGUACCGGGACUACCAGAGGGUGGUGAAGCGGCUGGCAGGCAUCCCCGCACUCCUGGAGAAGCUGCGCAAGGCCCAGGACUUCUACGUGGAAAUGAAGUGGGAGUUCACGAGCUGGGUGCCCCUGGUGUCCAAAAUCUGCCCCAGCGACACCUAUAAAGUGUGGAAGAGCGGGCAGAGCCUGCGGGUGGACACCACGCUCCUGGGCUUCGACCACAUGACGUGGCAGCGAGGGAACCGCAGCUUCAUCUUCAGGGGCCAAGACACAAGCGCUGUGGUCAUGGAGGUCGACCACGACCGCCGGGUGGUGUACACAGAGACCCUGGCCCUGGCCGGGCAGGACCGAGAGCUGCUGCUGGCCGCUGCCCAGCCCACAGAGGAACAGGUGCUGAGCCGGCUCACCGCGCCUGUGGUCACCACGCAGCUCGACACCAAGAAUAUCUCCUUUGAGAGGAACAAGACAGGCAUCCUGGGCUGGCGCAGCGAGAAGACAGAGAUGGUGAAUGGGUAUGAAGCCAAGGUAUAUGGGGCAUCUAACGUGGAGCUCAUUACCCGGACUCGCACAGAGCAUCUUUCAGAACAGCACAAGGGCAAGGUCAAAGGCUGUAAGACGCCUCUGCAGUCCUUCCUGGGAAUUGCUGAGCAGCAUGGGGGCCCCCAAAAUGGGACCCUGAUCACUCAGACUCUGAGCCAGGCCAACCCCACUGCCAUCACCGCAGAAGAAUACUUCAACCCCAACUUUGAGCUUGGCAACCGGGACAUGGGCCGCCCCAUGGAACUGACUACCAAGACCCAGAAGUUCAAGGCCAAGCUGUGGCUGUGUGAGGAGCACCCCCUGUCCCUGUGUGAGCAGGUGGCCCCCAUCAUUGACCUCAUGGCAGUCAGCAACGCCCUGUUCGCCAAACUCCGGGACUUCAUCACCCUGCGGCUUCCUCCAGGCUUUCCGGUCAAGAUUGAAAUCCCGAUCUUCCACAUCCUCAAUGCCCGCAUCACCUUUGGAAACCUCAACGGCUGUGACGAGCCAGUGCCCUCGGUGCGCGGCAGCCCAGGCAGUGAGACCCCUUCCCCGGGCAGCGACUCGUCCAGCGUCAGCAGCUCCAGUUCCACCACCUCCUGCCGGGGCUGCGAGAUCUCCCCAGCCUUGUUCGAGGCUCCCCGCGGCUACAGUGUGCUGGGCAGCCAGCGGGAGGCCGGGAGCCGUGAGGACGACGACCUGCUGCAGUUCGCCAUCCAGCAGAGCCUGCUCGAGGCGGGCAGUGAGUACGACCAGGUUACCAUCUGGGAGGCACUAACCAACAGCAAGCCGGGAACACACCCCAUGUCCUAUGACAGUCGGCGACAGGACAGGUGCGCCUGGGAGCCCUCGACGUAUGUUCCCCGCCCCCAGGAGCGCCCCGCCCACGCCGCAGCGCCGGCCAGACUCCCCGACAUCGCGCGCGGUCCCCAGCCCACGGCGGAGCCCGGGCCCCGGCGCGCGCGUCUUCCGGAGCUACGACGAGCAGCUGCGGCUGGCCAUGGCGCUGUCGGCGCAGGAGCAGGAGCGGCGGAGGCGGCGCGCGCGCCUGGAGGAGGAGGAGCUGGAGCGCAUCCUGCGGCUCUCCCUGACCGAGCAGUAGCGCGCCACUCGCCCCGGGGCCCCGAAAGCCCCAGCCGCUGUGCCCUCGCCCUCCGAGUGGCCGCGGGAGACUGGAGCCGCCGCCUCUGGGGCCGUGGGGAGCCCAGGGCACCGGAUGCGGAGGGGCUGGGCACGGGUUACCUCUCAGGGCCAGGGCCCUGGCGGCAGCUGGCACAGCCCUGCCCCCCUGCUUUGCGGCAGCCUGACCCCCACCCCUCUUGCCGGGGCUCAGAGCUACCCCAGCGCGGAGCCAGGCGGUCCUGAGUGGGAGAUGGGUCCUCGGAGGAGCAGCGCCACCCCGAGCUCCUCAGCCGGCUCCAUUCUGCUCACUCGCCCGGCCAGGACACUGCCCACGAAGCCUUUGCAUCUCGCUCUUCACCCUGGGAGGCGGCUGAGCUCCCGCGUGCUGUGUGGCUGCUUUGUCCCAGACACAAACCAGCACCGCCAGGGCCCAGCCCUCCCCCCCACCCCCGGCAUUUCAGCGUCAAGUGCACUUAGCGGGGUGUCCGGCUCCCCCAGCUCCCACACCUCUCCUGGGUCUCAGGGUGGUCCCAGCUGCUGCUUGGGAGGCCAGAGUUGGUGCCCCUCCCCACGCCCCACCCCAGGCACGUUUCAGUGGUCCGGGGAGGGUGCCCGCGCUGGCCUAGCCCCCAGCCUGGGCACAGCCUGGCGCCUUGGUGGUAUCGAGGCAGCCAGGGGGGCAAGCACUAGACCCUCCUCUAGACUGGGCACAAAGGGGGUCACCCAGGGCCCUGGCACCACCCCACCCCUACCCACCAGCUGCUGCUAUCGCCCUCUGUGGUCGUGCGCCCCACUCGCCCCUAGGGGCCGACUGUAAAACCCUUCAUCCAAUGGUGCUAACCCCCGGCUCCCCCUGCCCCAACGCCCCUCGAGAAGCACAGGCCUUGCCAGGGCAGCGCCCACCGCACACUCUUGUCCGCGGCCUCCUGGCUCAGCCAGAGAGACUUGGAAGGGACACAAAAAGGCAAGAGAAAAGAGAAACAGUUCCUCCUCCACACCUCCAUCCCCCCCACCCCCACCCCCUACGCCGGGGCACCAGACCACUCCUGAGGCACAAAUAAAAGAGGCUUCAAACCCGA